CUGGAAAAAGGGGGUGGAGUGGGCCUGCCUUUGGAGGUGUGCUCAUUUAUGCAACGCCUCCCCCAUGAGUCAACCUGCUUCUCCUUCCUUAUGACCCUCCAGCAUUUCAACUGCUGCUGCCAUUUUUCUCUACUGCCUGUUUCCUUCACAUAUCAGAAGCAAAAUGGCAUCUGGAGUAAAAGUUGCUGACCAGGUUAAGGAGAUCUACAAUGAAAUGAAAGUAGUGAAAAAUGAUGCUGUUCAGGAGGAACGUAUACGAUUCGUGCUGUUUGACAUCAAAGAUGGUUACAUUUGCGUGAAGGAAAUUUACCGGGAAAAAGAUCUGAGUGGCGUGGAUGAUGUCUUCAAGUUCGUCAUGAAUCUAAUGGAUCCCAAAAAGUGCUGCUACUGGCUGUAUGACUGCCACUUUGAAACCUGCGAAUCUAAAAAAGAAGAACUGGUCUUUGCCUUGUGGGCUCCUGAAUCAGCAAACAUCAAGUGUAAAAUGCAGUUCGCCAGUUCCAAGGACUCUAUAAAGAAGACCAUGCUAGGUAUCAAACAUGAGAUGCAGAUAAAUGACGCUGCAGAUUUCAACAGGGAGGACUUUGCACACAGACUGGGGAAAACUGUAACAAAGCUUGAGGGCCACCCUGUCUGUUGCAGGCAUUAGGGAUUAAUAAAGCUUGAGGGCCACCCUAUCUGUUCUAGGCAUUAGGGAUUAAGUAAUAAACUAACCAUCAUUGUUUCAUAGCAGGGUCAGUUUAAGGGGAUUUGAGAGGAUAAUAGCAAAGUUUCCAAAUCAUGUUUUUAUUAUUUUUGAUUGGUUCAACACAGCUUAAAGGAAAGGCUGGGCUCUGAAUGGGAUUGGAUUCCUGUAACACCAGACUCUGUGCCCUACUAAACUGUCCAGUCACACUAGCUUGACUGCAAGAUAUGUCCUGUUCAGAUGUAAAUUUAUUCAUUUUGACAUAUCCUUACCAUUACUUUACUUCUGGUACAUUUAAAUUUCUCAAAGCAGUAAUUUGGUAUUUAUGUACAGUUGUACUGUUAAAAAAACUUGCAUAUUUCAGUAUCCACCAUUUGUCUCACUUUAUGGAUUUGUUCAUAAUGACUGGUGCAUUGUAUAUGCUUAUAGACUGUAAAAUAUCCUAGACACCCUGCUAGAGUUUACCAGGUCAGAAUAGCUUGGCCUGUAAGUUUGACCUAAAUCUGUUUUUCUAGACUGUUCACCUGUAAAGCCUUUAGAAAAAGGUACAUUAAACAAAUGUUUCAGUGAGAAUGCAGCAGUCUGUCAAAUAAAUUCAAUGCAUCCAAUUGUA